CCGCUUCCGUGUUGUUCUUGUGUUAUUCUGGCAAAACAGUUCUUAUAGCGGCCGGAGCUGAUCUGACAGCCUACCGUAGGGCCUUUUAUCAUGGUUAUGUGAAGCUUGGAGAUAUUUUUAGCUCAUUUUUUCCAAAAUGUCGUUGCUGCAGGGCUCCAAGAAGAAAGACAAGCGCAUUCUGUGCGGUACCUGCCCGGAUCCAAAAUGCCAGGCGCGGCUCUUCUUCCCCGCUCAUGGCUCCAUCAGCAUCGAGUGUACGGAAUGCGGCCAGCGGCACGAUCAGAGCGGCCUGCUGAACGUGGAGGAGGUCACCGACCCGGACGUGGUGCUCCACAACCUGCUCAGAAACGCCCUGCUCGGCGUCACCGGGGCCCCGAAGAAGGGAACCGAGCUGGUGAAGGUGAUGGGGCUUUCCAACUACCACUGCAAGCUGCUGUCCCCGGUGCUGACCCGCUACGGCAUGGACAAACAGACCGGUAAGGCCAAACUGCUGAAUGACAUGAACCAAGGGGAGAUCUUUGACUGCUCUCUGCUGGGGGACCGUGCCUUCCUGAUAGAGCCGGACCAUGUAGGCACCAUGGGUUAUGGCAAAGACCGCUCAGGGAGCCUGAUCUACCUCCAUGACACCCUGGAGGAGAUCAAGAAGGCCAAUGGAAACAGAGAGUGUCUUAUUCCGGUUCACGUGGACGGAGAUGGACACUGUCUGGUCCACGCCGUUUCCAGAGCACUGGUGGGAAGGGAGCUUUUCUGGCAUGCGCUGAGAGAAAACCUUAAGCAGAACUUCAAGCAGAACCUGGACCGCUACAAGAACCUUUUCCAGGACUUCAUCGAUGCUGCAGAGUGGGAGGACAUCAUCAACGAGUGCGACCCCCUGUUCAUCCCUCCUGAAGGAGUCCCCCUGGGACUGCGAAACAUCCACAUAUUUGGCCUGGCCAACGUCCUCCACCGGCCGAUCGUCCUGCUGGAUUCCAUGAGCGGGAUGAGGAGCUCUGGAGACUAUUCAGCCACCUUCUUACCUGGGCUUGUACCCGAGGAGCAGUGCAAAGGGAAAGACGGGAAGCUAAACAAACCCAUCUGCAUCGCCUGGAGCAGCUCAGGCAGAAACCACUAUGUUCCUCUGGUGGGAAUCAAGAACACCGUCCUCCCCAAGCUGCCACCUCGCAUGCUGCCCAAAGCCUGGGGCGUCCCUCAGGAGCUCAUCAGGAAGUACAUCAAGCUGGAGCCGGACGGGAGCUGUGUGAUCGGGGGCGACCGCAGCCUGCAGGAUAAAUACCUGAUGAGGCUGGUGAACGCCAUGGAGGAGGUGUUCAUGGAGAAGCACAGCAUCCACCCUUCAUUAGUUGCUGACGUACACCAGUACGUAUACAGGCGCACUGGAGUGAUCGGCGUCCAACCCGAGGAGGUGACGGAAGCGGCCAAGAAAUCUGUGAUGGAGAACCGUCUGCACCGCUGUCUGAUCUGUGGCGCUCUCUCUGAGCUCCACGUCCCGUCUGAGUGGCUGCUUCCUGGAGGGAAGCUCUACAACUUGGCUAAAUCCACACAUGGACAGCUGCGGCCGGACAAGAACUACAGCUUCCCCCUCAGCAACGUGGUCUGCUCCUACGACCCCCAGAGGGACGUCCUGGUCCCCGACUACAAACUGAGUUCCCUGAACACUUGCAACUGGUGUCACGGGACAUCGGUGCGGCACAUCCGCGGCAAUGGGUCGGUGGUAUACCUGGACGGGGACAGAACCAACACCCGGUCCCAGGGUGGGAAGUGUGGCUGUGGCUUUAAGCAUUACUGGGAGGGGAAGGAAUACGACAACCUGCCUGAAGCGUUCCCCAUCACUUUGGAGUGGGGGGGUCGGGUGGUGCGUGAGACGGUGUACUGGUUCCAGUAUGAGAUGGACCCGACACUAAACAGUAACGUCUACGACGUCGCCAUGAAGCUGGUCACCAAGCACUUUCCGGGAGAGUUCGGCAGCGAGAUCCUAGUGCAGAAGGUGGUCAACACCAUCCUGCACCACACGGCCAAGAAGAACCCUGACGAGUACAACCCGGUUUCUAUCGACGGGGCCCACGCCCAGCGUCUUGACGACGUGGAGACUCAGCCUGCGGCGGACCCGCAGCUGCCCACAAAGAUCAUCCUGACUGGUCAGAAAGCCAAGACGCUCCACAAGGAGGAGCUAACAAUGAGCCGGGCAGAGCGCAACAUCCAGCAGAGCAUCAGUGAGCAGGCCUUCGUCACUCAGAAGAGACGGACUGACAAACUGAAAAACGAGCAGAAAGGACAAGGCCGGUCAACUUCCCCCGGCGGCUCUCCAGAAACUUCCUCCUCCUCAGCUCCCGCCACCCCCACUAAAACCUCCUCCCCUUCCUCCUCCUCCAACAAGGAGAAGAAGAUCCGAGUGACCACCAGCGACGGCAGGCAGGCUAUGCUCACCCUGCCGGCCCACACCACCUUCUCAGACCUGCAGAGGAGCAUCUCCAACCAGCUGGACGUUCCGCCAGUGCAGCAGUGCAUUCGCUAUGGUUUUCCCCCUAAAGAGCUGCUUCCACCAAAGGAUGGCGAUGAGAAUGAGCCAGUGUCCCUGCAGCAUGGGGACCGGGUCACGGUGGAAAUACUGAGGGCCCCCGACGACAGGGGCCAGGGGGCCUCCAUAACCAGGGCGUCCAGCUCACACUCCGGCCUGCACUCGGUGAAAACCAAUGACGCUGUGACGUCCAGCAGGAUGAGCAACCGGGAAAUCCAGGAGAGCAUAGACCUGGAGAUGUCCUCCCUCUGUCUCCUAGCAACCUUGAUGGGUGAGGACGUUUGGUCGUAUGCAAAGAAGCUCCCACACCUAUUCCAGCAGGGCGGCGUCUUCUACAAUAUUGUCAAGAAAGACAUGGGGUUGAUGGACGGGAAGCACUGCACGUUGCCUCACCUGACGGGGAAAACAUUUGUUUUUAACGCCGCAGAGGAGCGUCUGGAGCUCUGCGUGGAUGCCGCUGGUCACUUUCCUGUCGGCCCCGAUGUGGAGGAGCUCGUGAGGGAGGCCGUGGCGCAGCUGCGCUCUGAGGCGGUCUCUAGAGGCAGCAGAGAGGGGAGUCCGUCCCACAGUAUCCUGCGGCUGGGGAGCGGAGGAGUCGUACGGAAGAAGGAACAGCUUCAGAGCGUCACCGCCUUCCAGGGUAAAGGUCACUCUCUGGGGAGCGCCGGGGGCUCCUCCCCUCCAGAGCAUCGGCCAAUCACACGGCAGCACAGUAGUGGCGUAGACCUGAGUGCCAGUGUUUCCAGAGGACCCCCGGACCUGUCGGACAUUCCUGAGGACGCCACCAGAGAGCUGGUGCGCAUGGCCCCUGGCUUCGUCACCACCAAGGACGGCCGCGCCCUUGACCCCAGCCUGAUGGAGCAGCAGCGCCGGAAGCUGCAGGAAAUGGUCUCCUCAAUCCAGGCCUCAAUGGAGCGGCAUCUGAAGGAGCAGCAAAGUGCCGCUGUGGGCGGAGCCAGUCAGGAGCAAACUGGUGGGACCAACAGUGGCGCUGGUCAGCUGCCCUCCACUGCGGCUCACCAACCCACCGCUGCAGCGGGCAAACUGGAAGACAAGGUGGAGGAACCAGAGGAGAUGGAGAGCCAGGACGCUGGACAGAGCACUUCCAGCGAACCCAUGGACCACUCCUGAUUGGCCCUGAGCUGCAGCACCGCUUCCACCCCGCCUGACCGCCAUCUGUGGGUCUUAGUGCCUCAGGUCGGACCCCAAAGCUUAGGUCUUCAUACCGUUGCAUUGUCUUUACUGCAUGACUGAAGAGCGAGCUGAGCACCCUGCUGCCGGAGCAACAGUGGAGGCAGUGAUAUAUCGGGACGAUCCCUCUGCGAUACAUCGUGAUUCUGUCGCAGCCCUAAUUGUAUGUUCCCUCUGGUGACGUUCAUCUCAGAUGCAGGAAAUAAAUCCAUAAUUAAAAGGGAUUUAUUUGCUCCUUCAGCGAGAGUUUUCCCCUUCAGUUGAUGAUGUAUCGUAGAAGACAGGCUUGCAGUAUAUCCAAGUCCGGCGGCAGGAUUGUAUCUUCAGCCUUCUUAGCCUCACGUGCAGACUCCGAAUCUUCCUGCUUUAAACGUGCACAGAUAAUAGAGGAGAGAGAUAGGUCAGAUCAUAGAGCAGGUCACUUCCUGUUUAUACAGGAAGGAUUAAUCUCUGCAGACCUGCACCAAAUGUAUGCCCUGCAUAUUCGCUUCCAUUCAUGUUCAUUAUCUGACAAAUGCACCUGCCUCUAUACACAUCUACAGCCUUCACUGAAAUUUUCUCCCCACCCCACCAUCUGUCUGGAAAAUUAAUACUUGGUCUGUUUUAAUCAUUUACGGAGUUGUGUUUCUGCCAUGUAAAACCAUCAAGCUGUGCCGCCUACAGGCAGGACGCAGUAACUACAGAGGUUUAGUGAGCUCGGACCUCAAAGUGAGCUUUAGAUUUCUGCUGAACCUGACAUCAGCUCUGAGCAGACAGUCAGAGAUGCAGGCGAGUGACUAAUUAUAGUAAACCAGGAAAUUGAAGUCUGAUCCAGAAUGUUUCUGUAAAACUGCUCCACAUUUGAUUUAUCUGUGCUGCAGUUAGCAAUACAAAGCGAUAACAAUAUGGUUCUCUACAUUUUUAUGCUCUCAAACACUAAAGGCACAUGUUCACAUACAGAUAUUAUACAGUGCCACAUAUUUUAUAUCAGAAAAAUAAAUCGAUAAAAGAA